ACGAUGCUCGAAUACACUCAGGAUAAUAUCGUAUAUUUCGAACGUUACACCCCAACAUUGCGCUGCUAGUAUCGAAGCUUUGAGGCGAGUAUCGCAUCGACAAAAGCGGAAGGUUUCAGAUGCCAGAAAACGUGACUGCGAGCCGUUCCAUUCUCUCUCAGAAACGUUUGAGAAUUAUCACAAACAACAUGCGCAAGGGAAGUUCGAAAAUCUCGAAGAUCCAUGCAGCCAAAAUUCAAAACAAUUGGACGCCGAAGAAAAGAUUGGAAAUUCAGAACUUCUACGAUAUUCUGGAGAGCGUAGCUUGGCUGUGGCGUGUUUUUGGCGUCUUUCCCAUCGCAAUUAACAACCCCAUCGGCAGGGAAAGAUACAGUGGAAAUAAAUUCAUCGCAGUCUACAGCUCGUUGAUGUUCGGAGUGUGUUUGGGAAAUUUUGUAUACAUCAUGAUGAACUACGAUUACUACUUUGGGAGAGGCUCUUUUCGAAUGACUUCACUCACAUCGGUGGUCCAAUCGCUCGGGAAUGUUUUGUCGAUCUUUUCAUCAACGGCUUAUCGACUUUCCCAACAAAAUGCCCUGUCAGAAUCGAUCAACAGCAUAGCGGAGCAGGACAUCAUCAUGAAUAAAAUGAAUUGUCGAUCGAAUUACGAUUUAUGCGUUAAAAUUAUACGAACUUGCGUCUGGACAUCACUCUUGGCUGUCAUAUAUUUCAUACUCUAUGAUAUCAAUGGCAUCGAUCGUGACUACAGCAUUAUGUCACCGGAGUAUUUCUUUUGGAACCUUGGACUCAUGAUACAAGCGAUCGAUCUUACGGUAUUUGCAACUUUGGUAGGUUUGCUCGGAGUGAUUUUUCAUGACCUGAACAAGAAAAUUCGUGCUGUUGUAACAAGAGCUAACUCGUCCUCUUCCAAAGUUCUUGUCACGUCUGAUGUCUGUGCCGAGCAAUUACGUUUCAUUUCAGAAAUUCAUUACCACAUGUGCACGGUUGGAAAACAAAUAAAUCGUAUCUUCGACUGGAGCGUGAUCAUCAACGUCAUGGUCGCUUUCGUUAUCUUGAGCGCUAACAUGUAUUACAUUUUCUAUGAAGUUCAGAGACCGGGAGAAACGGACAUACCACAGAUUAUUUCGUACAUUCAGUGGGAAUUAUUUCACAGCGUACCAUUAAUAAUUGUUGUCAUAGUCAGCAAUUUAACAUCGCAUCAAAGCAUUGUCACUGGAAAACUAAUCCACGAAAUUCGAGUCGAAAACACUGACUCAGACCUCUACCAAGCUGUCAAAUCAUUCUCACUGCAGUUGCAUCAUCAAAGACUCGAAUUCACAGCUGGUGGCUUUUUCCCUAUUAAUUCGACUCUCUUACAAACGAUGAUUGGGAAAAUUACUACUUAUCUGGUGAUUUUGAUACAAUUUAAGCCGAAGUUGGACUAGUUCUUUGGGACCAAUGGAUAUUCCGUAAAACCUAAUCGAACUAGCCAUGUACAGACGUUCUUCAAUAAAAAAUGUUGUCAAUCAAAAUAUGUAUAUUCUGAUGAGAAUAAAAUAUUUACUACAGGCACAUAUGGAAAUUGG